GUUCCACAACUUUCAGUUUAAACCGAGUUCAGCUGAACGGUCGUUAAGGUUGACGCUGACGUUAAAUCUGUAUCGCGUUCCACAACUCAUUUCUAACCGUAGGUUACGUGAACCUAUACCCUAUUCACUGAAACUCAGAACAUACGCUCCUUUCUCCUUAAACAUGAACUGUGAUUGGUUAGCUGAGAUAUCGCCAAAAAGAGGGGUAGAUAAAAAUCUUGCCGGUAAAGACAAAGGGUAAAGACAUCAGUUAUUCGAUUGUCUUCUGCAGUAAAGGAUAGAAAGUGAUUGCAGUAUAAUGUCGUGUAAAAAAGAAUUGUCCGUGAAGGACAAUUCUAAUAAAAAACGGUUACCGAAUUUUUCGACAGACGAAAAAAUAACUUUGAUUGAAAUCAUCGAUAGUAAGAAACACAUAAUCGAAAACAAACAAACCGACUCUGUAACUAUCAAAGACAAAGAGAAGUGCUGGUUAGACAUAAGCCGUGAGUUUAAUAGCAGAUGCAUACAAGCAAACCGAAAUGUUGCGUCGCUAAAAAGUUGCUGGGAUAACUUAAAAAAGAGGACUCGGAAACAUUUUGCCGAAAUACGUAAAGAAGUUUUCGCAACAGGCGGCGGAAAGAUGACUAUCCCUGAUGACCCGAUAGCUGAAAAAGUAAAAAAUGUUAUUGAACCGUCGGUCGAUGGUUUACGGAAUCAGUUCGAUAGCGAUUAUGUAGCAGGCGUAGAUGACGUAAAUGAGGGUCAGGAUACAAACGAUGAUGUAUUUAUGGAUAUUGAAGCACUCGAUGAAGCAGGUUUAACAUCGAAUUGGGCUGAUUGGACCCCGGCAAUGCUACAUUCGAAGAAGAGUACUGAAUUACAAGUUCCAGUAUGCGACGAUAAAGAAGUUCCAAAUUCGGACCUUACAUAUGCUGAAGUAGAAACAAUUUUAGGAACAUCAUCGAAGGACAAUCGAGAUGCAACAAACGUUGCAAGUUCGAUCGUAAAAAAGAAAAUUUUAAAACGGGGAAGACAAACGAAAACUCCUGUACUAAGCGCUGUAAGACGCAACCAAUGUUUUUAUGAUUUAGCUCAAUCUAAAACCGAAUUAGUCGAGCUAAUGAAGGAGGAUCUGCGCGCAAAAUCUAAAAUAGAAUUAAAAAUUUUAAAUACACAACUGCAAAAAGAACAACUUGAAAUUGAGCUUCUGAGAAAGCAACUUCAAUCAUAUGAGAAAUAAAACUUUAUUAUUUUUUUCUUACAAUGAUUCUUAUUGUAUAUCCACAUAAAUUCUAGAAUAAUUCAAGGUUAACGUUUAUUACAAUAAAAUAAAAAUGCAAGUAUAAAUAA